AAGUCGCCAAAGCCCUGCAGUAUGCCGGCUUAGGCCAAAUUCUUCGACCUGAUUCCUGGGCUCUAGUGCGGCUAGGAUGGACGAUGAUACCAGACCGUUCAAUGCCUGAUAAACCAUUCACCCCAAACCCCGCCUCUUACUCUUCGCAUCGGUCGCGCGAUCUGCUUUAAGAUACCAGUAAAAGUGAUCAAUGUCAAACGGAACCAUGCCAGCAAGUAGCCCGCUCAACCUCGCCAUCCUCGAUGACUACCAAAACAUCGCUACCGCCAAAUUCUCCCACCUGAAACUCCAUCUCACAUCCAUAACCUCGUUCCCAGAGACCCUGCACCCAAGCCACAAUGAUGGCGACAAAGCAGCUCUCAUCAGCCGGCUAAAACCAUAUCACAUAAUCUCCACAAUGCUCGAACGGACUCCGUUCUCUGCAGAGGCAUGUGCGGAGCGGGGCAGCCUGGUUACGGGGACUAUAGGUCUCGGAGCCCGUUCGCAAAAGCUAGACUCUUUACCACAUACCGGCUCAACGACGGAACAUACCUGGGCAUUGAUCCUGGGCAUGGCGCGGAAUAUCGCGCGGGAUGAUGUGGUGGUGAAGAGCGGCGGGUGGCAGGGGAGUUUUGCGGCGGGGUUGGAGAGGAAGACGCUCGGGAUCUUGGGGCUCGGGUCGCUCGGGUCGCUCGGGACGGCGACUGAAAAGAUCGGAGCAUUGGCGUUCGGCAUGCGGGUCGUCGCGUGGUCGAGUAAUCUCACGCAGGACAUGGCGGAUGAGAAGGCUGCGGCAUUGGGUUUACCGGCAGGCGCCUUUGAGGUUGUCUCGAGUAAGCUGGAGUUGUUUAGGGAGGCGGAUGUUCUGAGUGUGCAUUACAUGCUAUCAUAAACGGGAGGAGGAGUUGGGUGUUAUGAGCCCACGGCGCUCUUGGUAAAUACGUCACGCGGUCCGUUGAUUGGGGGGAAAGCGCUGCUGAAGACGUUGAAGGAGGGGAAGAUAAGGGGUGCUGCACUGGACGUUUUCGAUAUGGAACCCUUGCCUGGUGACAGCGCGUGGAGAACAACGAGACGGGGAGUGGAGGGCCGCAGCGAGGGUUUGCUCCCACAGCAUAUGGGAUAUGUCGAAGAAGGGAUUAUGCAUCGAUGGUAUGAGGAACAAGCGGAGAAUUUGGUUAAAUGGAAAUGAGGUGGAGGAUAAAUUAGUAUGAUCCAUUUUGCUGGCUUGAAAGAGGAGCACUUAUAUGUAUGGACACUGUGUUUAUGUACUGUACAUGUACAUGUACAUGUGGGCGAAGUUCCCCAGUAUCUCUUUCAACAUCCACCCCAAAGUUAGAAUGUCUGUCUGAUUGACUGGUUAUUGUAAUUGGCCAGCUAAUAUUCAUAGCAAUAUGAUGCCUGUGGGGACAGCUGAUCUUGCCCGGUGUCCUAGAAGAAGAGGGCCAGGAGCCGUAAAUGGACCGCUUUUGACUCAAAUAUCAACUUCCAAUCGGCAUGGACUGAUUA